AUGGAGGCCAGCAAUUCUUUCACAUUUAAAUCUGUUUGUGCGUGUACAAAGUUUGCAGAUGAUGUCGCCAAUGUCUACUCCAACAAUGCGGUUGUAGAAGUGGUGACGGUGAAGACAUUUGAAGCCCCUCUGACCAAGAAGUCCCGCUCCAUCCUUCAGAUCGGUACGAGAAGAAAGAAUCGUUUCAAGACCCCUUCUAGUAACCAGGGCAGUCUCUACAACCUGGCCUACAAGUACGACUACGAUUACGCCGUGGUCUUUAACAUUGUCCUAUGGCUGAUGAUCGUGUUAGCUUUAGCCGUCAUCGUGAUCUCGUACAACCUCUGGAACAUGGAUCCUGGGUAUGACAGCAUCAUCUACAGGAUGACCAAUCAGAAGAUCCGACUGGACUGAUGACGUCACCCCCACACCCCACUACAUUUUGUGUUUUGUAUUUGAGUGCAUUUAAAUGUUUUAUUUUUGAUGUGGGUACCACAGAAUUGCUUGUGUAAAUGCUUCGCUUUUAUGACGCAAUCAAACACAGAUAUACAGAUUAUUUAUCGAUGCCUGUUGAUAGAUGGACCAAGAAAAUUUGUUUGUGAUGUUUCUUAAUUGCUGUAUCUUGUAGAUUUGCAUAAUGUGAAUCUAUUAAAGAGGAAAAUCUAAAGUUAGGGUGUAAAGAAUUUAACUCUAUUUAUUGUUUGU